AUGAACGCAGCCAGAAUUACAGCCAUGCGCAUGGCAGCUCCAGCUGCUGCCAUCACCGGAGCAUCCUUGUAUUCCAUUCAAGAUGCCCACGCCAAGGAAGCUGUUGAACUCGAUAAGGUUAGGGCUUCCAUUGUGAAUCUUGUCGAUGCCAACGCGGAAAAACGCGGAGACGGCACCUCGUUGGCUGGAACGUUUAUUCGACUUGCCUGGCAUGCAUGCGGUACCUAUGACAAGAAGGACGGUAGCGGAGGAUCCAACGGUGCUCGUAUGAGAUUCAAGCCUGAAGCCAGCUAUGGAAACAACGCUGGAUUGGACAUGGCCCGAUCUGUUUUAGAACCCAUCAAAAAGGAGUUCCCAGACCUCUCCUAUGCUGAUUUGUACACAUAUGCUGGUGUUGUUGCUGUAGAAGAAGCUGGAGGACCCAAGAUUCCAUUCUCUCUUGGAAGAGUCGAUGAACUAGAUGGGGGCAGGUCGGACAUCAACGAUCGUUUACCCAACGCUCACAUGGGCAGCUUCAAAAACGUGACUGAACACAUUCGUUUCGUCUUCAGUCGAAUGGGUUUCACUGACCAAGAAAUGGUUGCGCUACUUGGUGCUCAUGCUAUGGGACGCUGCCACACUGAUCGAAGCGGGUUCUGGGGACCGUGGACCAACGCAGAAACUACGUUCUCCAAUGAAUACUUCCGUCUCUUGUUGGAAGAAAGAUGGAGCCCAAAAACUACCCACGAGGGAAAGCCAUGGGAAGGUCCUGAUCAGUUUGAAGACAGCACUGGAAAGCUAAUGAUGCUGCAAUCAGAUAUGGCUCUUAUCGCUGACCCAGCCUUGAAAAAGUGGGUCGAGAUCUACGCCAAAGACGAAGAUCGUUUUUUCAAGGAUUUCGCCACCGCUUUCUCCAAACUCUUGCAUCUCGGAGCCCCCGUCUCCCCAAUCGCGAAGCCUUGGUACCAAUUCUGGUAA